CUUUAAGACUCUGGCACAAACACUCGCUAUGGACAAAGACAGACUUGAAGAUUAUAUCAAGAACCAGAUGGAGGAGCAGUAUGGUGAACAUUAUGCCCAGAAAGUAGAAGACAGGUUGCUGCACUAUCUACAAGAGCUGGAAACUGUCUUACCAAAAGAUACCUACAUUGAUAAGAUACUGAAGAAAGAAAGUCCUGUGACUGAGGAGGAGAAGCUGCUGUUAGAAGUUAUUACUUCUGACGCCACCACCAUAGCAACAACCCUACAAAAACUGCUGCACUGUGAUGUUGCUUCCUGUCGUGCAAUCAGUGCUUCUCAGAAAUCAGAACAUGGAGCAGAAUUGGAAAGCUUUCAACUCCCAAACUCUGUUCUGUAUACCAGCUCCUCAAAAGCUCUUCUUGGGUCGCAGGUUAUUAGAGGAAAGGAGGCUGCACAAGAUUUGUCUCAAAGCUACAUUUUUUUGCUGGAGGAGGAUGAAUCUUACCUGGAUGCACUGAGAGCAGGUAAUAGCAGUGACGGAGGAGUGAAAAAUGUGCUGGAGAGAGAAGAAGGAAACACUUCAGAGGAGAGGGGCAAAGGGGGAGAAGAAGAAAGUGGUCAAAAGGAAAAGGAGGAAAUAAGUCAGAGCAGCAGUGGAUGUUCUCAGGAAGUGGCCUCCUCCCCUCAGUUCUGCUCCAAACAUCAGCGAUGGGUAAAUAGCAUCCUGCGAGAGUGUCCUGAUGAGUGCUCAGAAGAGCUGCUGCUUCAGGCUAAUGUUUCUUCAUCCCCACCACUGUUCCAGUCUUCCUCAUCUACCUCCUCAUCACAGGACCUCACCCCUUCUGACCUCAUCCCAUGUCCUCCUAACCAAGAACGUCCACCUUCACAGACCUCCACUCAUGUUCUGACAGCAGCCCAGGCAUCUGGACAAGGAAGCCCUGAAAGUAAGCUGAGUUCUGGACCCCCUGCAUCAGCCAACAGUAGCCCUCAAAUGGUACCCCUACCUCAGCCCUCUUCAUCCAAAGACACUCUGCUACCUCCUAUGCUGUCACCGGUUGUCCGACUGAUAGACAUCGCUUCUGUCAGAGGGAAUUACCUUACCUUUAAACCAUAUAAAGCAUCUCUAAAUAACUUCACCAUGUCUAGUAAGGAACAGACAACUUCCUCUUCUAGUCAUCAGGUACUAACCUCUUCACACGUCUUUACCUCAGUGAACAAAGAGUCUACAUUUAACCAACCGGAAACGGUGUCUCCAGCAAAUCCCUCAAACACAAGACACAAAUUGCAAACAUCUCCUGUAUCUCAGGAUGCAUCUCCCUCUACCAGCUAUCAACCACCAACUCGGCAGUCUUUCUCCAGACUUUCAAGAAAGUACAGACGGGCUUGUGCUGCAAGAGGGCAUUCACAGGCUCUGGACAGAUUUAGUCAAAACCUUUUAACUGAGCAGUUCAGAAUGGCCCCAUCUACCUUUCAGAUGAGUUGUCUGCCCUUGACACACCCUGCUUCUACCUCUGCUGCUCAAUCAGGGACUAUAUCCUCAAUCUGUACUGAUAACCAAAUCCCUAUAUCUACAAACUCAACUCAAGAAAUUUUCCCUCAGAAAUCCAUCAAACCUCAUCCUCAGAAACACAGCACCAGUCCUCUUCAGCCAAAGACAUUACCAUGCACUACUGUCGUUUCCUGUACCUCCAACUCUGAUUGUCUGGCAGUCAGGUCUGAGAUCAGUAGAGUCUGCAGAGCCCAGCUGAGGUUAUCUCUGCAGAGUCAGGUUGUGCUGCUGCAAUCUAAGUUGCUACAGCCCUUUGUGAAUCUUACCAGACUGAGCAUGGAGGAGUGUCAUCAAAUGACCGAGGGGAGAUCUUCAAUCAGACAUGUACAGUCUGUGGAACAAGGUGGAAAUAGUGACAACAAUGAGGAAGGGAGCAGGGAGGAGGAAGAGCAUGCAGAUUCCUCUUUUGAUCUCAACACUCUUUACUCCAGUUAUUCUUCAAGUAGUGACAGUGAGGAUACCGAUCCUGACUACAAACCUAGAAUUAAAAAGAAAAGACUUCAGCUGUGAACCUGAAUCAUAUAUGAGAACAUACAAAUAUACAGAACAAUUCAGCUAACUUUUAAGUUAGUGAAGACCAAAACAGAACUAAAAGAAUAAUGAAUGUUUGACUCUGUCUCUGCUGGAUGUGUAAACAGACAAGUUUUGUAACAUAUUACCACUGUCCGUUUACAGAGGAAUAUAUUAAACAUGGGAUUUUUAGAUUUUCAGCUGAUACCUCAAG